AUGGCUGCCAACGAAGUUGUCCAAGCAGGCAUAGCAGCUAUUUACGAAUUAUUAAAUCAAGAAAUCAGAGACAUUUUGUCAAAAUUUGACAGAAAAUCUAGAAAACGUCGGUUUUGGGUCAGGACUUGGAUAUUGCGAAGACAUAAAUUGGGCGUUUCAGGAACCCUGUUCAAGGAGCUGGCUUUAGAGGACAAGGAUGCCUACAAAAAUCAUUUGAGAAUGUCCGAAGAACAAUUUCAAGGACUUCUUCUAAAGAUAAAAAGCAAAAUACAAAAACAAGAUACCAUUAUGAGAAGAUCUAUCAGCGCAAAAAUAGCACUUAUUUCUUCUUUUGCUGAUAUAAGAGGAUCAGAAAUCAAAAGUAAAACUGCAUUCAAGCAUGAAAAUGCUGAUGAACAACUCAGGCUCAACGCGAGCUUUUUUUUUCAGAAGAGACCUACACUGGACAGAAUGUUCGCUUCGACGUCACAAAGAAAUGAUGAUGGUUUGCGGGCGUCUUACAAUAACUCGUUACUUAUAGCAAAAUCCGGAAAACCGCAUACUAUCGGAGAGAAGUUAAUUUUGUCAGCCGUUGAAGAGGUUUUAAAAACUGUUUUACACAAACCUGCAUCUGAUAUCAUUAAAAGAAUUCCCUUAAGCAACAAUACUGUUGAAAGACGUAUUGAUGAAAUGAGUUCUGAUAUUGAAAACUUCUUAUGUAAUUAUUUGCAAACGACCAAUUUCUCUAUACAACUGGACGAGUCAACUUUACCUGAUAAUGCAGCAUUAUUAUUGGCAUAUGUUCGUUUUAUUAUGAAUCAAGAAAUCUACGAAGAACUGCUCUUCGCAAGAACUUUGAUAACCGACACUAAAGCAAAAUCCGGAAAACCGCAUACUAUCGGAGAGAAGUUAAUUUUGACAGCCGUUGAAGAGGCUUUAAAAACUGUUUCACACAAACCUGCAUCUGAUAUCAUUAAAAGAAUUCCCUUAAGCAACAAUACUGUUGAAAGACGUAUUAAUGAAAUGAGUUCUGAUAUUGAAAGCUUCUUAUGUAAUUAUUUGCAAACGACCCAUUUCUCUAUACAACUGGACGAGUCGACUUUACCUGAUAAUGCAGCAUUAUUAUUGGCAUAUGUUCGUUUUAAUAUGAAUCAAGAAAUCUACGAAGAACUGCUCUUCGCAAGAACUUUGAUAACCGACACUAAAGAACUCCAAAGCUCUAAAGAGAGCAAUAUGGUUUCCAGACCUAGCCAGACAUCGAUGCAUCAGACGAAAGAAUUAAGAGGUUAUUUAAAUUCUUUUUAA